CUUUUCUGGAAGUUGAACAACAAAGUUGUGAAAAAAUAUUUACAUUUCACGAUCUUGAAAUGGGUUACUGCUUUUUAGCUAAUAACAUUAUGGACCACAACCACAUAGAUGAACUGCCACUAAAAUUUAGUACGUUCGGAGAUGGAAAUUCAUUAAGGAUGUUUCUGAAGCAAGAGUCUCUAUGGAAAUAUGAGAUGUAUGUACAUAGCAAUGAGGAUAUACCGUAUUUUGGAUUGCUUUCACAAACCCUAGGACAAGAUCAUAAAAAAUAUAUUUAUAAUAUGGAGGAAAUCCAAAACAGUUUGGAUGUUAAAGAUGAAAACCUUAAAAAACGAAAGUGCAAGUUUCCAAUGGAAAUAAUUUUCGGAUCCUCUUACCCCUACAGCUUUUCAUCAUGCAUGAGCGAUCUUAGAAUUGUCUUGGAGCUAAAGAUUUGUAGCUGCACAUUGUUCACAUCUCCGAAAAAAUUUUUUAACUUUUUCUGCAAUAUUACUGGAAUGACAUGCAUAUCCAAGGGUAAAUUAUAUAGUAUUGAAACAUGUAACGAUGCCAUUCAAAACCGUAGCACACCACAAGUUGAAAAGCAUUAAAUAAAAUACUGAAAACAAGAUAAUUUUCAAAGGCAGCGAGAGAAAAUUUUUAUAAAAAUCGGAUAUUACUUCAAAGGCCAAACAAAUCGCUAGAGAAAAAUAUGUCUGUUACCCGUCAUGUUCCGAGCAAAAACUACAAUUUGUUGGGUCGGUUGAAGUUAAAAAUAUUUACCGUCCAAACUUUUUAUUGGUAGAUAUCGAAAUACAAAAUAUUCCUUCACUACGAUGCAUUAGAAGUGUUACUCAAACCCACCAAGAUUUAGUAGUUUCUGCUGGAGGAGUAAUAGGUCUUUUUGUAGGAACUUCUAUACUUAGUGGAAUUGAAAUUGUCUAUCUUUGUUGUAAAAGAUUAUAGAUCUAUGAAUAUGAAUUGAACUAAAUAAAUUUCAAAUGAAAAUGUCAAUAAUGAGACGCUUAUGUCACUUGUUUGCUAAUCGAAAA